AUGGCAGAAAAAUUCUUGGCAAAAUAUUUUCCUCCCGCUAAAACUGCCAAGAUGAGGAAUGAUAUCUCUUCCUUCUACCAGUUAGAGACAGAGACGUUAUACGAUACGUGGGAGAGGUUCGAGGAAUUGUUGCGGAAAUGCCCACAUCAUGGGAUUCCGGACUGGCUUCAAGUGCAAACCUUCUACAAUGGAUUAAACCCAGCCACAAGACAAAUGAUAGAUGCUGCAGCUGGGGGCACUUUGAAUAGCAAGACACCAAGGGCAGCACAAGAACUGUUUGAAGAAAUGGCAAUGAACAGCUAUCAGUGGAGCUCCACUCGAUCCAAACCUGCAAAAUCGGCGGGGAUCUAUAGUCUUGAUGCAGUGACAUCUUUGGCAAUACAAGUUCAAGCCUUAGGGAAGAAGAUUGAUGGUUUAUCUGUUAACCAUCCAGUUGCUCCAAGGAUGAGAUGUGAUGUUUGUGGAGGAGGCCACCCUAAUCAUGAAUGUCGAGCUACUCAGGAAGAACAUGCCAAUGUGAUAGGAAACAGACCACCGUACCAAAAUUAUAAUGGCAUGAAUAAUCUGGGCUGGAGGAACUAUGCAAACCCACCGUGGAACAACAAUCAACAACCAAUGCGGAACAACACACCCUCAGGGUUUCAACAAGCUCCACAUCAACCACCACUCCCAGCUGAAAAGAAGUCAAACCUUGAGGAGCUGAUGACCAAAUUCAUUCAAACUUCAGAAUCUUGGUUUCUAUCCACUGAGACAGCACUAAGAAAUCAACAAGCAUCAAUCCAUAAUCUGGAAAAUCAGUUGGGUCAAAUCUCUAGACUCCUCUCAGAAAGACCCCAAGGGAGCCUACCUAGCAAUACUGAAACAAAUCCUAAGGAGCAGGUGAAGGCAAUAACAUUAAGGAGCGGCAAAACAUUGCAAGAAAGGGGAAAGCAAGAUGCAGAAAAAGCUACAAUUGAAGAGGAGGGUAAAGUUCAAGAGGAGACUGAAGAAAAAUCCCCUACAGUGAAAGAAUUCAUACCUCCACUCCCCUACCCAGCAAGAUUGAAGAAGGAUAGGGAUGAUAAACAGUUUGGUAAAUUUCUUUCCUUAUUUCGUCAGCUUCAUAUAAAUUUACCGUUUGUGGAUGUCUUGGCACAGAUGCCCAAGUAUGCCAAAUUUCUGAAGGAUCUACUGUCCAACAAGAAGAAAUUGGAGGAGUUGGCCACAGUAACUCUGAAUGAAGAAUGCUCAGCAAUUCUGCAAAACAAGAUGCCCGAAAAAUUGAAAGAUCCAGGGAGUUUUACUCUUCCUUGUCUCAUUGGUAGAUUGAUAGUUGAUAGGGCUUUAGAUGAUUUAGGUGCUAGCAUUAAUUUGAUGCCAUAUUCUAUUUUUAAGAAAUUGGGUUUAGGGGAACCUAGGCCAACUAGGAUGAGUAUUCAACUAGCUGAUAGGUCAAUUAAAUAUCCUAAAGGUAUCAUUAAGGAUGUGCUUGUAAAAGUGGACAAAUUUAUUUUUCCCGUCGAUUUUGUGAUUCUUGAUAUGGAUGAGGGCACUGAGGUCCCCUUAAUCUUAGGUCGUCCAUUUUUAGCUACUGCAAAAGCCAUAAUUGAUGUGAGUGAUGGGAAGUUAAUUUUAAGAGUUGGAGACGAAGAAGUAACUUUCAAAAUUCCUGAAGUAAUGAAAAAAUCCCUGAAACAAGAUGAUUCAUGUUUCUUUAUUAAUGUAAUUGAUAACCUUGUUUCUGAUUUUACACAGGAAUUCUUGAUCUCAGACCCGUUGGAAAGAAGCUUGAUGCAUGAAGAAGGAAAAGAUAAUAUGGGCCUGCUAACUCAAGAACAGUGGUAUCAUCUGGAAGCCACUAAACCAUUAUUGAGAAAGAGGAACUUUGAAGCUCUGGAACAAAAUUCAGAGGAGCAGCCCAGCCCAGCCACUAACAAACCACCAGAAGUAGAACUAAAGGUUCUACCUGAACAUCUAGAGUAUGCUUUCUUGGAAGACGGUUGCAAGUUACCCGUCAUCAUCGCUUCAAAACUAACACAAGAACAAGAAGGCCAGCUACUGAAUGUGCUCCGAGAGCACAAGAAAGCAAUAGCAUGGAGAAUCUCUGACAUUAGAGGGAGUAGUCCUUCUUUUGCACUCACAAAAUUUUGA